AUGCAACGCAACAAGAACAUCGAGUACGACGAAGACGAGCUGUAUUCAGACGGGGAAGAGGAGUAUGGUGAAGAGGGAGGGUAUUCGCAAGAGGACAAGGACAACUUCGCGACUUUGACACCCGUCGUUCGGGCAGAGCUUGACGAAGCUGGUGUUCCGGUCACGACGCAGCAGAUCGAGGAGGCGCUGUGGCAUUACUAUUGGGAUGUUGGCAAGAGUGUGGCAUAUCUGAAGAACUCGAGGACACCCAGAGAAGGGCAGAAGGAGGCUAAGAAGGAGGAGAAGCCGAAGAGCAAGUUUGAUCAGGCGGCGGAGAAGGCAGUAGGGACUCGAUGCCCGACCGUUACGGCAGCCGACUGGUUUAAGGAUACCCCAUGGACGAAUGUUCCCUCAGACAUCCUUGGUCAACUGGUUCCAGUAACGCCUGAACCGCCACGAAUCAAGCUCCUUGGAGGGUCUUCGAAGUUGGCCAAACUCGCAGAGGAGCGUCGCAAGAAAGCUGCCGCCGCCGCACAGCCUGCUCAAGCACCGACGACUGACUCCACGCACUCGCUGGAUCGGCUCACCAAGCCCAAGGACGUGAAGGAGAACGUUGCGCCUGCCCCCAAAACAGAGCCGAAGAAAUAUGCCAUUCGGCGCAAGAGAUCGCCCACGCCUCCACCAAAGGAACCGACUCCGCCACCUGAAGAGCCAAAAGAGCAAUUGCCUAGUCUUCGCUCGUCACCUUCUGCGUUUGGCCGAACACUGUCUUCAAGCUCGGCUCAGGCCAAUGGCACUCGCCAGAUGGCUCUGCACGACUUACUAGGCUCUGGCUACACCUCAAACCCUUUCGACGGACCCUCGCCAGACGAUACUGUCAUGCGUGCUCAAGAUAGAAAAAAGACAAAAGCACAGCAAGCAUCGAAUGGAUUAGCGAAGAAGACAGAAGCACUCAAGAUCGAUGCCACCCCGGCAGCACCAUCACAGCCGAAAGUACGAAGUAAAGGCCUGGAUGUGCCUUCCUUAUGGAACGAGGAGAAGUCGAAACGAAAAGCUUCGGCGGCCUUUGUGGUGAUAGGUCAUGUCGAUCACGGAAAGAGCACGCUCAUGGGUCGUUUGCUCCUGGACACUGGAGCGGUAUCUCAGAGAGAUAUCGACAAGUACAAGAAGCAGGCCACAGAGCUUGGGAAGGCAUCCUUCGCUCUGGCAUGGGUUAUGGACACAGGUGCCGAGGAACGAGAGCGAGGUGUUACCGUAGACAUUGCUCAGCACUACUUCAGCACUGAAAGGGUCGACUUCACAAUCCUGGAUGCACCUGGCCAUCGAGAUUUCGUACCAAACAUGAUUGGCGGGGCUUCAAUGGCAGAUCUUGCGGUGCUCGUCGUGGACGCGAAUCAGCUGGAAUCUGGUAUGAAAGGGCAGACGAGAGAGCAUAUCCUACUAGCACAUGCUGUUGGGCUACGAAAGCUCGUUGUGGCAGUGAAUAAGCUGGAUUCUACGACUCCUGCCUGGAGCAAAGAUGUCUUCCAAUCGGUCAGCGCAGAGGUCUUGAAGCUGCUUGCACAGACCGGAUUCAAAGAAGACAACGUCGCCGUGGUUCCUUGUAGCGGACUCAGUGGCGAGAACGUAGCAAAACAGCCAGGAGGAAACUCAGCAGCAUCAUGGGUCUCCAAAGAACAUCCAACAUUAUUGCAACAACUGGAGAAAUUCGCCCCACAUUCGACAUCCAUCGACGUGGUCAAGAAGCCUUUGCGGCUGCAGGUUGCGGACGUGUUUAGAGGCGGUAUCACGAACCCAUUAUCGAUUGCUGGACGGAUAACGGCUGGCCAUGUUCAGAUUGGCGAUUCUGUGACAGUGCAGCCCAGUGGCGAAACAGCCACGAUCAAGGGUGUCGAAGUCGGUGGCGACGGCAAGGAUUGGACGAUAGCAGACGACAUACCGACUCUUCAUCUGGUGGACAUCGAAGCUCAACAUCUGAGGAGCGGGGACGUGGUCUGCAGCUCGCAGAAACCGAUAAAGGUCGUCAAGAGCGUCACGGCGAAAGUGCAAGCACUUGACAGUCUGUUGCCACAGAGAGUUGACAUUCACGUUGGACGGUUGCAUGUACCUGGCGGCAUCAGUCAUCUGGUGGCUACAGAAGAUGCGAAGGGCGAGACUUUGAAGAAGAAGCCUCGCAUUGUAAAGGCAGGGCAAAAGGCAGUGAUCAGAUUAGCACUCGAUGAUGGCGUGCCGCUUGAGGAUGGAGACAGGGUAGUGCUCAGAGCUGAUGGCAGUACCAUUGCGGCUGGUAGAGUAGAGGCUAUUAGCAUGUAA